GGGGGUGGCGCAGGCGCAGAGCGGGGCCGAGCAUGGCGGGGCCGGGGUUGGUGGCUGGCGACGUGGUCGUGGAUGCGCUGCCCUACUUCGACCAGGGCUAUGAGGCACCGGGCGUCCGGGAGGCGGCCGCGGCGCUGGUGGAGGAGGAGACGCGGCGGUACCGGCCGACGAAGAACUACCUCAGCUACCUGCCGGCGCACGACUACAGCGCCUUCGAGCUGCCUCACUGCUGCCUCCUCGCAGACGGAGAUCAUGCGGAACGAAUUCGAGCGGCUGGCGGCUCGGCAGCCCCUGGAGCUGCUUAGCAUGAAGAGGUACGAGCUGCCGGCGCCGUCCUCCGGCCAGAAGAACGACAUCACGGCGUGGCAGGAGUGUGUGAACAACUCCAUGGCGCAGCUGGAGCACCAGGCAGUCCGCAUCGAGAACCUGGAACUGAUGUCGCAGCAUGGCUGUAACGCCUGGAAGGUGUACAACGAACAUCUGGUUCAUAUGAUAGAACAAGCCCAGAAAGAGCUUCAGAAGUUGAGGAAAAACAUCCAAGAUCUCAACUGGCAACGAAAGAACAUGCAGCUGACAGCUGGGGCUAAGCUACGAGAAAUGGAAUCUACAUGGGUCUCUCUCGUCAGCAAAAACUAUGAGAUCGAACGAACUAUUGUGCAGCUGGAAAAUGAAAUUUCACAAAUCAAGCAGCAGCAUGGGGAAGCAAACAAGGAGAAUAUCCAGCAGGACUUCCAGUGACUGAAUCCUGUCUUACUGCAGCGUGUUAAAGGUGGAACAACAAGAUUUGGUGAUGCUUGGCGUUGGUAGACACCUCUAGCUGCAGUUGUGUACAAUGACAUUGUUUCCUUUCCUUGUUUCAGAUGUGGUGCCCUUUACAGGUUUGAACAGCUCGAUGUACCAUCACCUGUUUCCCUUAUGUCCCUAAAUAGGAGCUCUUAGAAAAUGUGUUUCAUGGUUUUGCAUCUGCUCUUUGCCUUUAAUAAAGGUUGUUUUGGUA